AUGGCGAAGACGAAGGGCAGCUACCAUCCCUACCAGAACACUGGCUACGUGACCGGCGGCCCGAACAGCAUCACCAACCCGCAGAAGAUCAAGUGCAAUGGCUGCAGCGUCGUGAAGCCUCCGGCCGGCUUCUCCUCGAAGAAACUCGAAAUCCUCCAGAGCUACAUCAUCCUCCAGAAGAACAAGGGCAAGACCUUCGACGCCGCCAAGCAGCAGUACAUCCCAUGCGUGGGUUGCACCGCGAAGCAGCCCGUCGAGAUGACCUGCUACUACUGCGACAAGACCAAGGCUCUCGACAAGUUCAGCCUGGCUCAGCGCAAGAAGCGCGACACGGCGGAGUGCUGGAAGUGCGCCAAGAUCCGCGAGGGUGUCGAGCCCGACGAGAAUGACAGCGACAGCAGCGGCAGCGGGAGUGGAGAAGAGAGUGGCGGCAGCAGUGAGGUUGAUGAGCACAGCGGCGGCGUGUCCUUCGACGACGACAAGUUGACCAGCACCAUGGGCUCCACCUCCCUCACGGACACCCGCAGCACCUAUCCUUCCUCCACCUCUCGCAGCAGCACCGGCGGCGGCGUGAGUCUCGGAAACUCCGCUCCGACCACCAACACCUACACCUCUUCCACCACCCGCAGCACCGCUGGUGGCAAUACCCCGAACACCGUCAAGUCCAACAGCACCACCGGCAACGCCACCAUCCCAGUCGCACCCGGCUUCAACGCAAACAAAUACCGCACCGCUCCGUCCUCCGACGCGGGUUCCACGACUUCCAACCAGACCGCGCGCAAGAAGGGUGGCGGAUGGGCGAAGCCGGAGUCGGGUCUCAAGGCGAAGCAGAACGUGUCGGAGCCGGAGGAUGAUGAGGACAAGGACGUGCUGUCGAGUGAUAGUGAUUGA